UAUCAAAGCUCGACCAUGAUCGUUGUCCCCGUGAACGUACUGAUACUGACCAUCUUGCUGUAUACGGAUGCCUCUGGUCAACAAAAUACUGACCUGUCGACUCUCAUGUCCAUGGUCCAGAUCCUGCAGCAGCAGAUGAACGCCAUGCAGACCGCAAUUAAUAACGGGGCCAAGUGCGGUGGAGUCAGGGUCGAUCCCCGUAACUGUAAAGAUGUACUGGAUUCCGGGAGAAACACUUCCGGAAGGUAUCUAGUCUAUCCACCGACACUACAAGGCGUUGCACUUCCGGUCAUGUGUGAUAUGGAUGAUGACAAUGGAGGGUGGCUAGUCAUACAAAGGAGACAAGACGGCAGCGAGAACUUUUUCCGUAACUGGAAAGACUAUGAGAAUGGCUUCGGUAAUGUAACGUCGGAACACUGGCUUGGGAACAAGAACAUCCACGCCCUAACUGCCAGUGGGCUGUACGAGUUACGGAUUGUCCUCGAGGACUUCCAAGGGAACCGGAAAGUGGCCAACUAUCGCUCAUUCUCUGUCGGUGAUGCCGAAUCCAAGUACCAACUAUCUAUUGACGGGUACUCUGGGGACGCAGGAGAUUCACUCAAGUUCGACCACGACGGCCAUGCCUUUUCCACAGCAGACGCCGACAACGAUGGUGCUCAGUCGGUCAACUGUGCGCAGACACACUCCGGAGGCUACUGGUACAGUGACUGCUACAAAUCCAAUAUCAAUGGCAAGUACGGCAUCAAGGCAGAGGAUGGUAUCAUCUGGGGAUCGUUUAAAAACUGGGAGCUAUUCGUCCUAAAGAAGACCGAAAUGAAGAUAAGACCAGUUCCGGUGUAAUACACAGGGGUCCAUGUGCUAUAUCGUUAACAGUGUCCAUCACAGUGACACGGGACUCUCAUCACGUGACCGAAUAGUAGUGCUAAACAAUGGUGUAGAGUCAUGACUUUGUCUUCUUUCUCUGUACAGCUUUACCAUUAUCGCUUCGCUAUAUCUGCUCGUCAAAUUAUUUAACUUCGGUAGUAGGAAAUAGUAGGUAAAUAAUCAAAUGUAUAGUACUUUCCGAUUACUACUUCAUGAUUUAUCUAAGGCUGUGUUUAUAGUUAAUAUGAAUGCCAUAUGACAUAAACACUCCUCACAUUGAUAUUGUCAAUUUUAUUUGACAUGCAGGAGCUAAUCGUUAAAUUCGUGGCAAAUGAAAAUAAAUAGUAUAAUUGAUUAUCAAGAGAGAGCCAGUGAUAUUACUAGAUAUUUAGGUUCUCGAAGGCUUGGGAAAUAUGAAAUACAUUUAGCAUUUUAAUUCGUUUAACUCAUGGCGAAUGAAAAUAAUCGAUAUAAUUAAUCAUUUAGAGAGAGAGCUUGUGAUGUUAUUAGUUAUUUAGGUUUUCCAAGUCUUGGGAAAUAUGAAAUACAUGCAGAGACCAUAUCACCUGCCUAAAACCUAAAUAACGAAUUAUUAUAAUCUAUAUUAAAUGAAAAAAGUGAAAA